UCUGAACAACUCAGGAGACAAUAGGGCUCCGUAGAGAUCGACAGGAUCAUCUGUGUGUUGAACCACAGGAGAUGGGAGAAUCAGGUUUUACUGUGGAGAAAGAAAUGGAGGCGAGGGAACUCGGGGAAAUAAAUAUUGAUGUCUUGAAAACAGUCCCCAUUACAGAAGUGCCAGAGAUCUUAAAAAACAUGAAGGUGGAUAAAUCUCCUGGACCUGACCAAGUGUAUCCAAGGACGCUGUAAGAAGUUAGAGAUAAUGUAUCAUAUACAGUCACGGGUGAAGUUCCAGACGAUUGGAGGUUGGCCACUGUGAGGAGAAGCCUGGGAACUAUAGACCUGUGAGUCUGACAUCAAUGGUGGAAGGAUUGCAUUGUGCAGCACCAGGCAGUAUAGAGAGGAUAGAUAUCGUAGAUAGAUCCUGAAGAUCACCCAAAGAACAACUGCACAGCUGUGGGAAGACAUCCAAUCCCUUCACAGCUGUGUUCAACACAGAGCAGGCUGAGCAGUGAAACCAUCGCUCAGGUCAGAGGAGCUUUGACAUAUCAUCAGAUCUGAAACUGGUCAGUGGUGUGGAGCCUUCCAUUAGCACCAAACUUUCUGAUGACUCGGAGGUGAGAAUUUGGACGAGGCUGGGAAGAAGUGUGAGUUGCUUAAAGUGUGGUGAGAGCUUCAAUCAUUUAUCAAUCCUCAUGGACCACAGACUCAGUCCUGCAGGUUACAGCUGCUCAAGUGUGAAGUUUGGAAGGAAGUUCAUAUGAUCUCCUAACACACAAAGUGGAAUUGUUGCAAAAUUGUUAACAGAAGGAAAGUGAUCUGGAGAGAAACCUUUCAAGGGUGAAGUGUUGCAAUGUCAUCUAUGCUCAUGAAUCUCCGACACAGUGACAAUGGAGAGAAAAUGUUCACAGGUGAGGCACGUAACAAGGAGGUUGUACAAUCAUUGGGCUCAGUAAAACAUCGAGCAAUUCACAAGGGGGCAAAAGUAUUCACAUGUCAGGUGUGUGACAAAUCGUUCUCACGGUCAGCAGAUCUCCGUAAACACCAACGCAUUCACACAGGGGAGAAACCAUUCACAUGCAAGGUUUGUGAAAAAUCAUUCUCACGUUCAUCGAACUUCCGCAGACACCAACGCAUUCACACAAGGCUAAAACCUUACAGGUGUAAGGAAUGCAACAAAUCAUUCUCAGAGUCAUCAAAGCUUCAAACACAUCAACGAAUUCACACAGUGGAGAAACCAUUCAUAUGCGGUGUUUGUGAAAAAUCAUUCUCAGGUUCGUCACACUUCCGCAGACACCAACGCAUUCACACAGGGGAGAAACCAUUCACGUGCAAGAUUUGUGAAAAAUCAUUCUCAGAUUCAUCACAUGUCCGCAGACACCAACGCAUUCACACAGGGGAGAAACCAUUCAAAUGCAAGGUUUGUGAACAAUCAUUCUCAGAUUCAUCGCACUUCCGCAAACACCAACACGCUCACACGAGGGAAAAAUCUUUAACGCAUGACCUGUGGGACAAAUCAUUCUCUGACUUUUCAAGACUCUUGCUCCACCAGAGGAUCCACACAGGGGAGAAAUCAUUCGUGUGCACAGUGUGUAAUAAAACAUUCUUGCAGUCAUCAAAUCUCCUCAGACACCAACGCAUUCACACAGGGGAGAAACCUUACAGGUGCAAGGAAUGCAACAAAUCAUUCUCAGAGUCAUCAAAGCUUCAAACACACCAACGAAUUCACACAGGGGAGAAACCAUUCACAUGUGAGGUGUGUGACAAAUCAUUCUCACAUUCAUCAAACUUCCGCAGACACCAACAAAUUCACACAGGGAUUAAACCUUACAGUUGCAAUGAAUGUAACAAAUCAUUCUCAGAGUCAUCAAUGCUUCAAAGACACCAACGCAUUCACACAGGGGAGAAACCAUUUGUGUGUGAGUGGUGCGACAAAUCAUUUUGUGACUCAUCCAAACUCUUGGUCCACCAGAGGAUUCACACGGGGGAGAAACCAUUCAUGUGCGAGGUGUGUGACAAAACAUUCUCGGAGUCAUCAAAGUUGCAAAGACACCAACGAAUUCACACCGGGGAGAAACCAUUCACAUGUGAGGUGUGUGACGCAUCAUUCUCAGACUCAUCAACCCUCCGCAUACACCAACGAAUUCACACAGGGGAGAAACCAUUCAUGUGUGAGAUGUGUGAAAAAACCUUCUCACAGUCAUCAAAGCUCCGCAUACACCAACGAAUUCACACAGGGGAGAAACCAUUUACAUGUGAGGUGUGUGACAAAUCAUUCUCACGUUCAUGGAACUUACGUAAACACCAAAAAAUUCACACAGGAGAGAAACCUUUCAUGUGUGAGGUGUGUGAAAAAACAUUCUUGGAGUCAGAAACCUUUCACAGACACCAACACAUUCACACAGGGGAGAAGCCAUUCACAUGCAAGGUUUGUGAAAAAUCAUUCUCAGAUUUAUCACACUUCCACAGACAUCAGCGCACUCACACAAGGGAAAAAACAUUCAUGCAUGAGCUGUGCAACAAAACACUCUCUGACUCAACAAGACUCUUGCUCCACCAGAGGAUUCAUAUGGGGGAGAAGCCGUUCACAUGCAAGGUUUGUGAAAAAUCAUUCUCAGAUUCAUCGCACCUCCGCAGACACCAACGCGUUCACACAGGGGAGAAACCAUUCACGUGCAAAGUUUGUGAAAAAUCAUUCUCAGAUGUAUCACACUUCCGCAGACACCAACGCACUCACACAAGGGAAAAAACAUUCACGCGUGAGUUGUGUAACAAAUCACUCUCUGACUCAUCAAGAUUCUUGCUCCCCCAGAGGAUUCACACAGGGGAGACACAACUCAUGUGUGAGAUGUGUGAAAAAACAUUCUCACACUCAUCGAAGCUGCGAAGACACCAACGAAUUCACACAGGGGAGAAACCAUUCAUGUGCAUGGUGUGUAAUAAAACAUUCUCACAGUCAUCGGACCUCCUCAGACACCAACAAAUUCACACUGGGGAGAAACCGUACAAGUGCAAGGAAUGCAACAAGUCAUUCUCAGACUCAACAAAGCUUCAAAAACACCAACAAAUCCACACAGGGGAGAAACCAUUCAUGUGCACAGUGUGUAAUAAAACAUUCUCAGAGACAUCAGACCUCCUGAGACACCAGCAAAUUCACACAGGGGAGAAACCAUUCAAGUGUGAAGUGUUUGCGAUGUCAUCUAUGCUCGUGAAUUUCGGACACAAUGACACUGGCGAGAAAAUGUUCACAGGUGAGGCAUGUAACAAGACAUUUAUACAAUUAUCGGGCUCAGUAAAACAUCGGGCAAUUCACGAAGGGGCAAAAGCAUUCACAUGUCAGCUGUGUGACAAAUCAUUCUCAUGGUCAGCAGAUCUCCGUAAUCACCAAUGCACUCACACAGGGGAGAAACCAUUCACAUGCAAGGUUUGUGAAAAAUCAUUCUCACGUUCAUCGAACUUCCGCAGACAUCAACAAACUCACACAGGGGUAAAACCUUACAGGUGCAAGGAAUGCAACAAAUCAUUCUCAGAGUCAUCAAAGCUUCAAACACACCAACGCAUUCACACAGGGGAGAAACCAUUCACAUGUGAGGUGUGUGACAAAUCAUUCUCACGUUCAUCGAACUUCCGCAGACACCAACGCAUUCAUACAGGGGAGAAACCAUUCACAUGCAAGGUUUGUGAAAAAUCAUUCUCAGAUUCAUCACACUUCCGCAGACACCAACGCAUUCAUACAAAGGAGAAACCAUUCACAUGCAAAGUUUGUGAAAAAUCAUUCUCAGAUUCAUCGCACUUCCAUAGACAUCAACAAAUUCACACAUGGGUAAAACCUUACAGGUGCAAGGAAUGCAACAAAUCAUUCUCAGAGUCAUCCAAGCUUCAGAAACACCAACAAACUCACACAGGAGAGAAAUUGUUUAUGUAUGAGGUGGGUAAUAAACUGUUAUUCAAAACCCCUGCUCCAUCAGAGGAAUCACAAAGUGUGGAAAUAUUCAGUUGGGAGGUUUGCAAUAAAAGUUUUGUGACUUCUUCAAACCUACUGGGACAUGAGAGGAAUCAGAAGGUAACAGUCUCUUCAGGUGUGAUUGUUUGACAAAGCUUUCACCGACAUCUCCAACCUGAGCUUCAGAGAACCCUGACUGGUGACAAACAAUUCAGGUAUGUGGUGUAUGACAAGGCUUUUAUAUAGUCACUGUAUCUCCUGAUCCAUCAAAACAUUUAAAAGAAUCUCUAUUGGUCUGAAUUCUGUGUAAAGCCUUCAUACACUUGGCCUGGAACAUGAGUGAACCCACGCGGACAUCAAAUCCUUCUAGUGUGACGUGUGCCUGGAUUGUACCACCUCCUCUUCCUGUCUCACAGAGGAUGUCUUCACACUGUCUUGGAUCCAGAUAAUCUCCUUCUGUUGCACUGAGAAUUGACUGUUGUUUCCUAUCUAGUGUUCAAACAAGAGAUUUGUCAUUCUUACAGUACUGCCUGUCUCAGCAGUGACUGCCUCAAACCUCUCCGACCAUCAAUCCAAUUGGGUCAAGGAUUUCGGUUUAACCUUUGACCAGAUCACCAAACAUCACUAAAUGAAGACAUGAAUAUGUAUAUAGAAACUCCUGCUUAUGCACAAAUGUCACAUUGUGGGAGAAUUUUCUCAGUCAAAGAUGGUUGCUAAUACUGGGGAAUGUGUGUCAGGAUUUUCUUGCUAUGAUCAAGAGAGAAGUACAUCUAUAGUUUCCACAUUGUAAGUUAUCCCACUUUUUUUUUCAGCUGAAUUAAUUACCACAUUUCUGAUUUCAGAAAGUCAGGGAAGUCCUUUUUUUCCUGCCAUAUACAUAGGAUGAGUUCAUGGAGUCUUGAUAUGAACAAACAUUGACCAGCUUUGUCACGCUGAUCUGGAAUAACACUGGGUUUCAGGCUUUGUUUCUCAUCUGUUUGCUUGGUUGGUGCAGCUCUCCCAUCGAUAGUGACUUACCCCUGGAUUCUAUCACAGGGCACUUUGUGAUAGAUUGGAGGGUAUAACCUGUCCCUAUGGAUUUAUGGUUGACAAGUUGUUCAAAAUGAUCUCUCCAGCAUUAACAGAUGUCAUUGUCAUCCUGUGAAGGAAGGGGAUUCUGUCAGGCUACAGAUGGCUGUGGUAACUUCAAAAACGAUUUGUACAUCAUAGUGAUCACCAUAUUGUUGGAUAUCUCAGGCUGUUCUUUCCCAACAUGUCCUUUACCUUCUGGAUUUAUCUUUGGGUGUCAGCCUUGAACUGUUGAAAUGCUGCCUUGUUGAGUUGUGACCUUGGGUUGUUCUGACUGCAAUGAAGGCUGAUUGCUUUUGUUCCAGGAGGCCACACAUUUGAGCAUCAUGUUCACUGAGCCAAUCCUGGUGACGACGAUGCUCAAACCAGAUGACCUGGGCAGUGGAGUUUAGUACAGCUUUAUUUCAACCCUACAGUUUGGGAAUUGAUUUAGAUGUGUGAACAUUUUGCAGAUUGGUCAUGAGCUGAAGGCCUCCCAGCAUGGCAAGCCUCCUGGCAUGGUGUAGCAACCUCCCAUGGCAGCCUCCUGGUGGGGCAGCCCUCCGUGUGGUGUCCUCUUGGCCUGGCAUGGCCUCAAUGUGGUCUCCCAGUCUUGAGGCAAUACAAGAGCAAUCUCCCAGCCUCAUGCCCUUCAAGGUGAAGCUCGAUGUGGUCAGGAGCCAGGGCAGACUGGAUGUUUGGUGCCAGCUUGGUAUGGCUUGGAAGACUGCUGUUCUGGACGUUUUUUUUCUGUAAUCCUGGACAUUUUAUUUCCCUAUUUUCUAAGAUUUUGCAACUGCAAGUAGCAACAUAUGGACUUUUCACUGUACUCAUUUGAGUAUAUGCAACAAUAAAGCAAAUUCAAUUUCACCAAACAUUUGACUGAGUAAAUCAGAAAGCACUGUGGAUUGUGCUUUCAUGGUUUGGAUGUCCAAGAACUUCAUCCCAAUCCUGCAAUUGCUUCAUGACUGUAACUCUCUUGAGUGGGAGAUUUGAAACAGAAGUUGAUGAAAUCCAGACUGGUAUCAAGCAAGGCUGUGUGAUAGCUCCCAUUCUAUUUACAGUCAUCCUAACAGUCACUAUUUACCUCCUCAACGAUCAGUGAUCCUCUGGUAUCAGUAUUAAAUAACAUCUUGAUAAGAAACUCAUUUACCUCAGGUUUCUCUGUGUCUAAACUGAUCACAUAUAUACACAUAAUCUACAAUUUGUAGAUGACUGCUGUAUUGUUGCCCACUCUCUGAAAAAUUUGCAGCCAUUCUCAUUCUCUUCAAGUCUCCAUGCAAGAAACUUGGCUGUCUUUGAAUAAGGCUAAAAUAAACCUCACCAACCCACAUCUCUGAGCCAAAUAUUCCACCUCCCAUAUACAUUGAAGUAGAGACUCUGGAAUAUGUUGUGCACUUGUCAGAUCUUGACAGCCACUCUUAAUAGUCUGUCAUUGACAAGGAGUCAAUGCCAUUUGAGCUGUGCCAUUUGAGCCCUCCACAAACUACAGCAGUGAGAGUUUGACUGCAGCAAUUUGGACUGCAGAGAAUAAAGAAGGCUGUUCAUAAAAAGCUUCACAUGGGCGUUCAAGAUGUGCAAAAAUUCAUCUAGCCUCAUAUGCCAGCGUUUGUCCAUAUCCCUCUAACCCCUUCCCAUUCACAUACCUGUCCAGGUGGCUUUUAAAUGUUGUAAUUAUACCAGCCUUCAACUUCCUGUGGAAGCUCAUUGCAUACACACACCACCCUCUUUUAGGUCCCUUUUACAUCUUUCCUCUCUCACCUUAACCUAUGCACUCUUGUUCUGGACUCUCUUACUCUGGGUAAAAAGACAUUAGCUAUUCACCAUAUCCAUGCCCCUCAUCAUUUUAUAAACCUCUGUAAGGUCACCCAUCAACCUUCAAUACUCUAGGGAAAAUAGACCCAGAUA